AUGGAGUGUUCCAAAGACAUGGGGGUUCAAAAGAGACACAGCCAGUUCAGUGAUACGAAAUAUAAGUGGAGGACGGUGUUAUUAUUGUUGUUUGUGUGCUCUUGUGCUGGACAAGAAAGGGAGAGGGAAGAAAUAGAUCCUUAUUUAUUAAAUAAGACUUUAGGCCUUACGGAGCUACCGGGUGGUAUUUUUACCGGUGGAAGUACUAAUUGGAAGGUGGAAGGCAGUCCAUACAUGUUGCGCGAUGACCUGCUGAUCGAAAGAGGAGCAGAAUUAGUGAUUGACCCUGGUGUAGAAGUGAAAUUUCCGCCGAUGAUUGGAAUUACUGUCCGAGGGAAACUCCGAGCAUUGGGCGAAACAGAUAGUAAAAUAACAUUUACCAGCACAGAGGAACGUCAAUCUCCUAAGGCAUUUCCAGACAUACGUCUAGUUGAUGGGCCUUCGAUUUUGACUGGAAGAGUACAAUUACUGCAUAGAGGACAAUGGAGAUCUGUGUGUACAAAUUCAAGAAAUUGGACCGUUAACGACAUGGAAACGGCUUGCAGGCAAUUAGGCUUCAUGGGUGGAACAUUUUACAAUUGGAUGGAUCGUCAGCCCGGCCGGCGUGCACGACUUUUGUUUGAAGAGCCCAAGUGUAAGGGCACAGAAUACGACCUGUUUCAAUGCGAUUGGCAGUCACGACAACUCGGCUCCGGAGUCUGUGAUUAUCAUCCCGAUCUAGCUAUUCAAUGUCUACCUCAUCAUGAUGACAACGAACUUAGAAACUACGGUACACAUUGGCGCGGAUUACGCUUCGAAAAUGCAGUGUACGAGAGAAUCCUGACAGCGGAAAAUACUCUCUAUGUCCCCACUUCAAUGUCAAGAUUAUCUCACAUAGUUGUUAAGAAUGCAGGAUUGGGUAGAGAUAACAACGCGACGAGCGCGAUCGACGUUAUUGGCGUGCCUCCAGUAAUGGAAGAUAUUGAAAUAUCCAAUUCAGCUUUCAAUGCCAUCAACGUGACAUCACCUAACGCACCGAUAGUCAUAAACAACUGUACGAUACAAAACAAUAGAGGCUACGGCGUUUAUGUAAAUUCAACCUACGGCAUGACCAAGAUAGAAAAUUGCCUGAUUCACGACAACGGUGGCGACGGAAUCAAAUACGUGGUGCACGAAAUGAAUAUUGACGAGCGAUUUGAUCGUGCAGGAGUUUUUGAUCUUUGUACUCUCGCAUCUACACCUAGUCAAACGUUUCCCAUAACGAUGUCUAUAGAACAGUCCAGAUAUUCAAACAUGGAACGAGAUUGUCAUCAGAAAUUUUAUACGAGAUCCGAUCACGUUCUAACACUGAGCUUUAUAAAGCUUUUAACAAAUAAAAAUGAUACUGGGCAUAUCUAUGUCUAUGACGGUUUAACUGCUGAAGAUAAGUUAUUAAUGGCAUUCAGUAUUCGAAAUUAUACACGACCCCAAAGUGUAACAUCCAGCAGAAGCAGAAUGUAUGUGAGAUUUCACGCUAAUACUAGGACUGAUAUUGUUGGGUUUCUUCGAUUGACGUCAGGGAUAAGCAAAACUUAUGAUUUGAAUGUGACCGAUUCUAUUAUUUCGGAUAAUAAUGGUCGAGGUGUCGUAAUUGAAAAUUUACGAUCCCAAAUUCAUAUUCAUAGAACUUCGAUUUCAAAUAAUAACCACGUUGCUGGGCUGCAAGUUGUAAAUGGGGCAGGCGAUAUCAACAUUACGGAAAGUAGAAUAUCCUUCAAUCAAGGUGAUGGAAUAAACGUCACAGUUACUGGAGGAAACCGCAAUAUAUCUAGGAGUAUUAUAAGCUCCAACCAGAGAUACGGCAUAGCAGUAUGGAUAAAUAAUACACAGGAAACUGAAUAUAUUCCAACAAAUCAAACAACUGUAGUUGAAUAUUCAGAAAUAUUUAAAAAUUUAGAUAUUGGCAUAUUGCAUGGAAAUUUUUGUGGUGACAGUUGGAUUAAUGUAACUGGAAACUGGUUCAAUUCAAGUGCAGAGAGCACAUUAGAUAUAGCUACAUGUUGGCUUUAUAACGAGCCGCGUAAAUUGCUAAAUCUGCAAAUUGGGCACAAUAGAUUCUACCAAAACCUUCGCGUUCCUAUUAAAAUUCAACCUGCCAUAAAUGUAAUGGGGAAAAUAGAAUACAAUUACUUUGAACAUGGAGAAUAUGGUGCAAUUAUAAUUUUAAACAGAGUAGAAGGAAAGUAUUUAGAGGAAUUUGAGAAGCUCCCAGCCCAAUUUAAUAUUCAGCACAACUAUUUUUUCGGUAAUCAAGGACCGUUUGUCGUUAAUCUUGGAUUGUCUCCCUACAGUGAUCUUCAAUAUAUAUUAUUUUCAAGAAAUUAUUUAAGAGACAAUAAAAUAAAAGAACCUUUUGAAAUUAACGAUGGAUCACCACAAUUAACACCUAGAAGCCGGGUGGCUGCGACAAUAGUAUUGGCAUCAAGUAAUAUUGAUGUUUUUAGAAAUAUAAUUCAUAAUCCAGAAGCUCAAUACGAAAUAGGUUCUCAUGUGGAAGACCAAAGCAAAAUACUUAAUUGUACAUAUAACUGGUUAGGUUUUGGUGAAGAAGAAAAAGUUUACAAUCGAUUAUUUCACAGAAAGGACAGAUUUAAUUUAGCAAAAAUUUUGUAUAUGCCUUAUUUAUUACACAGCAGUAACCCUGGUGCUACUCAAAUUAAUUAUAACUCGUUGUAUGUUCCACAAUUUAAUGUGCCUGGUACCAACAUUGUUGGUGGAGAAGUUGAGGGUAUAGAAAUAUUACGGCAAGGAGAAUAUGAUGUGAUAAAAGAUAUAAACAUUCGACCAGGUGGUAAACUAAUUCUACAAUCUGGUGUUACAUUGAAAUUCCCACCGGCUAUUGGAAUGAUGGUCGCUGGAAAGCUAGAUGCCAGAGGUAAAAGACCUAAUGAUAUCUCAUUUACUCUUAAAGAAGAGGUUGUAAUGAGUAAUGAUACUGUAUAUGAAAUAGACCCAGAAGUAGAACCAACAACUCCUGGAUAUAUAGAACCAGUUGUUCCAAUAAGACUACUAGGCGGUAAGACUCAAUUUGAAGGUCGGCUACAAGUUCGUGUGGAUGGCAAGUGGGGAACUGUUUGUAAUUACAAAUGGAAUAUUAUAAAUGCUGCCUUGGUGUGCAAUCAACUUGGAUUAGCUCUAAAUCCUGAAGAUUGGUUUCUAGAGCCUAAUGAAAUACCAAAUGCUGGUCUAACUGAAGACGUAGUUUUAUCAAAUGUAGAAUGUACAGAGUUCGAUAGUGAUAUAACCAAAUGUAAAGCCGAGACGAUAGAUAGUUUUGAAAAUUCAUGUACACAUGAAAAUGACGUAGGCAUACGCUGCUAUGAAACAAGUUGGGCCGGAGUUCGUUUUAGUGUAAUUGCGGAACGCGCUGAUCUGCAAUAUGUUACUAUUGAAAAAGCAGGUUUGCUUGAUUAUUCUUCAAAUGUUUUUAAGCCAGCUCUCCAAAUAGAUUUUGCUCGACAUGGUUUAGAAAGCGUGCGAAUUGUCAACAACUAUCAUGAUGGGUUAGGUAUAUUAUAUUCAGAUCUGUAUGGUGCAGAUGCCGUAAACACUAUUAGAAAUUCUGAGUUCAGUAAUAAUAAAGGUAGCGGUAUAAGUUUUAAGCAAUUGGGUCUGAAAGUAUACAGUUCUAUUAUUGAAAAUAAUAAAGUAGCAGGAAUAUUUCAUAAUCCACACUUGACCGGAGCCCAACAAAGAGAAUUAGCGGGUUGGUUUAAUUUCGAUCCUAGUUUUAACAUGGAUGAAUCAAGCUAUCGACCUAUUAUAAUACCUGAGUAUCAAACUGAUAUUUCUCUUGCUAACGGUGAGACCAGGCAUAUUGUUUUCAAUAAACAAUUUGGAGAAAAUAUUGUUAGGACUUAUAACAUCAAAUGCAAUCCUGGCUAUGUUCUUGGAUUGCAACUACUAAAUCCUAUUCACAAUUUUUCAAGUGAAAGUAUUUGCAUAUAUGACUCGCAAAAUAUUAACGAAGGAAGUACUAUAUGGUGUCUGGAUCGGGAUCUUUCAACUUUCCCAACAACAAGUAAUAGUUUCGGAGUAGUAUUAAAAUAUAGUAGUGGUUAUAAUGCAUUGGGUGGAGUCAUCUUAGUGGUGAGUACUAUUGUAGCUCCAGUUCAAAACAUCCGUAACAAGAUAAUAAAAGGACCUGUACCGACACUUACGAUCACAAAUUCAAAGAUAAGAGGAAACACCAAAGGAAUCAUGGCUUUAUACUAUAACAGAUACUUAAAUGAAAUUGGCGACCAUUUUCUUAGAAAGGCCAAUGAAACUAUCAAAAUUAUAAAUUCUGAUAUCACACGGAAUUUAGAAGAAGCAGUGUACAUUAAUACACCAUUUUGGGAUAUCCAUGAAAGCAAUAUAACUGAAAUAAUAAUAAUGAUUAAUAAAACCACAAUCACUGAUAAUGGCAAAGGCAUCUAUCACUUUGCACGAGACUUGAGAAGUUCAAAUAAUUUAUAUCAUUAUGUACUUCAAGAUAACACUAUUGAAAGAAAUAAAUAUGGCGGGUUCGAUAUUGCUCUUCCAUAUGUUUGGAAAUAUAAUGAAAACUUCACACAUUCGGUCUACAUGAACAACAAUACUUGGAGAAAUAAUUACAACUUUGGUUUAGUCAUUGAUGGACAUUUUGCAGAAGUUAAUUUGACCAAAAAUAUUUUUACAGACAACAUUUGUUAUAGUGGCUUGAUUUCUGUCCGUGGUAUGGAAAAGAAAAUGAAGAUCGAUGGUAAUUUAAUUGAAAGAAAUAAUGGGAGAUUCAUGGUCCAGUUUCACAUGGACAGUCAAAGUGAAAUAAUGGGAUUUGUUUAUGCGGUUUUUGUUUAUAAUCAAGUCAAAAACAAUAAAUAUUCGCAAACCAACCGAGGGUUGCUUGUAACGAAUAUUGAACCAACAUAUGUCAUAGGGUUUAAAGGUAUACAAAAAGUUAAAGUCUCUAGAAAUCUAUUCGGAAAUAACGCCGUCGAAUAUUCAUUAGUGGCUGGUAUAAAAACAGCAAAAACUAACAAUCUUUUGGAUGUAACAGAAAAUUGGUGGGGUUCUACAGAUGAAAAAGAAAUAAGGAAACAAAUAUUUGAUUUUGAUGACUGGAAUAAUCACGCUAUUGCAACCUACUUACCGUAUUUAUUAGAAGAUAGCUUUGACUCUAGUGUAUCUGUAACAUUUACACCAGAGAGCAUUGUUGAUGUAAAUGAACUUGGAGGUCGCCUAUCAUCUGAUCUCAUUUUGGAUCCACGAAUUGACCCUUACAUAGUAAAAUCAGAUAUAACAGUUAUGCCUGACGUUACUCUCACUGUAAAUCCUGGAGUAAUAUUAGAAUUUGCACCUAGUGUUGGCAUCCUAGUAAUGGGAACUGUAAAUGCAAUUGGCCAUAGUCAUAUGCCAAUCAUAAUGAGGCCAAUCACACGUCACAACACGGAAAAUCGUAUAGAGAAAAGGGAUAUUAGUCAAUAUUCAACGAGAAAUGUAAAACAUAGGCAACAGAGGCAGUUAGAAUCACUAGUUGUUCAAGAUUCGAUACGUCUCUGCACUGGAAGGAAUUGUUCUAAUAAUGUUAAGGAUAUAGACAGAAAGACUGAAGGAUUUUUAGAAUACUACAAUAAGACUACGUUACAGUGGGUUCCGAUGUGCGAUAGUCGAUUUACUGAAAGAAACGCACAAGUUGUUUGUCGAGAGUUAGGUUUUGAUCCAAUAAACGUAUUUUUCGCUCACGAUCGCCGAGUUGAAUACCACAGUAACUCGUUAUCUAGAAUUUGGUCGUGGCCAGAACCCUUACAAUGUGUAGGUAUUGAAGAGCGUUAUGAAGAUUGCCCUAUUCGACUAAACGGACAACUUUACGGACACAGGCAUGAGUGCAAAUGGGACUCUGAUUUUAUCUUCCUACAUUGUGGUAAUCGGAACUUGGAAGAUAACCUUGAUUAUUGGGGAGGAAUAAGAUUCACCAAUCCAGAGUUUGAAUAUUCACUUUACGAACAUAGAAUUCAUGAUCAUCACACACAUGAAACGAUGAAGAAAGUUGAAAGUACGCUUCGGAAUAUUCAAAUAAUUGGGGCGGGAAUUUUGCAUAACGAAAAAUCGCCAGCCAUUCAGAGUAUCAUAAAGAAUCCGCAAAUAAGAAACGUUAAUAUAACACAAUGUGCGCACCAUGGCAUCAAUAUAGUUUCUCCCACUGACACGAUUGAUAUGCGAUUUAACUCUCUGGUCGACAUUCUUGGAGAAGGGGUUAACGCUAUAUCAAUGACUGGCGAAGGUAGAGAAUCUGAAGAAUCCAGCUUUACACCCCUGAAAGACCUAAAUUUACCAUAUCAUUUGUUUUCAUUUAUCGAUAUAUGCGACAGUUCUAAAGUCAUUACAGUUGAAGAGAGGGUAAUUCUAUAUUACAAGUAUGAUAAUAAUCCUGUGAACUGUGUUAAGAUAUUCAAGAGUAUAUAUCGUGUGAAGCCUUUUGGAUUUAGACUACUCCAGUUUAACCUAUUCAACCAUACGCUGAAUUAUGGAAAACGAGAUUCUAUUACGCUUUAUGAUGGAGACAUUUACAAUAUCACAGCACCUCAGAUUGGAUAUCUAGAGAAUGGGUCGCCUGAUGAAAAGAAACUGUUUAAAAGUGAAAGUGCGAGUUUAAGUGUUAAACUCUUUGCGAAUGGUGCAUCAUCUGUUCAUGGUUUCAUUGCGGAGAUUGUAACAUUACCAAUAUCAGCAAUAGGGAUCAAUCGAGACGUCCAGCAUAACAUAUCGAGCAGCGUCUUCACAAGAAACCGUGAUGGAGCAAUCACUUAUCAAUCGGUGGGUGAAGUGAAUCCUCUUGUGGCAAUAAUACGGAACGAAUUCAAUGAUAACUGCCUGAAAUUAUACGGGAACUUCACUACUUGUCAAGCUGCUGUGAGGGUAGAUGUGCAAAACACUCAAACACUCGUUUUUAGAAACAAUUUAGUACGCAACAAUGUUGGUGGUUUGUUGGCAAGAGCUGAUUCUCGAGGCUCGGCCACAUCGCUACGAGGAUGGAUACACAAUAAUUUAUUCUAUGCGAACCAUGACCUUCCCUGUCUUCAACUUGAAGGUCGACAAUCAUCACCGUACCAGGAAGUAACAAUCUACAGGAACUACUUCACACGUAACCGAGCCAGAUACAAAGAUGUCAUCGUCUUACGACAAGUUGUGUCUAACUUCACUCACAACUAUGUCCAUGAUAACACAGGAAUGAGGAUUUUGGAAAUAUCAGGCUUUGACAAAGUGCGCCUGCCCAUAUAUCAGACUACAUCGCAUAAUGGAUUCUAUAAAAACUACGCAUUGGACCGCGAAUGCCGCGCCACUGUAGUAGCGGGUACGGCAGGCCAACAUUACGUCGACAAUAUUUUCUUCAACCCUGAUAACGACUAUGAAAUGGUCACAGUCAAUCGAUCCAUCUUUUCCGAUUAUAACCCGAAUGCCUUGAGCGCUCUAGACCUUUGGCGUACUAGAAUAGACGCGAAACAUAACUACUGGAGUUACAAUGAGAGUUUUGCCUACUCGGAGGGGGAAAAUGCCCCCCGGGGGUGGGAUUCUGUGGCCGGAACUUGCUAUAUGUAUGUGGGUGCUCCUAUGACGUACGAAGAGGCAAGACUGUUCUGUUUGUCCGAUAACGCAUCAAUGCCGUACGUAUCAGGCAACUAUGCAACGUUAUACGACUUCAUUCAACGUCAGAAUCAAUGGUUCCAAUAUGGUGAUCGUGUGUGGGUGAAUCACAUCGACUAUGUGACUCAGUGUACAUCGUUUGCCUUCUCGAAUAUCGAAAUUACGGACUGUAAUCAGAAGAAUGCGUUUAUUUGUGAAAUUGAUCCAAAGAUAAAAAUAGACCCGCUGUCAUGGCAAGGUGAUACUUUAGCUGUAGCCUUUAUCGGAGUGCUGGUAGCUGCAGUGAUUUUAGUCAUACUUGCAUUGAUCUGUUGGUACUCAAAAUCAAAGCACAGACAUCUUCAGCGAUUGGAAAGACGCAACUCUAUAAGGCAGUCCCUUCAUUCAGUCCGUUCUAUUGGAAGUAUUAACGGAGGCUUUCCCGACAACACAUACAGGCGGAAAAUGACACAAAUGAGUACCCGAUCAACAGAUACCCUUACAAAAGCCUCUGAUUAUAAGAAAAUGCUUGCUUCGACAACAUCUAUGGAAUCUAUGGAGAAAAGUCAAUUUAAUUCCUCAUUGGAGGACACUCAGAGUUUCGAUAUUUACGAAGCACAUAAUCCAAAUAAUAUAAUUCAAUUAAAACACAGUUCGUUUAAUAAGAAGCCUGCAUCGCCCGAAUACAGUGUACCGCAGAAUGUUAAUAGGCCAUUUAACCUGGCUUUUAGAAAUGAGGGUUACAGAGACAACUCAGGCGCAACGAGUGGAGCGCCAUCUAUGAACACUGUAGCGACUGAAGAGUUACCAAUAAUUCAUCAUCCGGGUGGCUUAACCGAUGAUGUUGUACAAUCCGAUACUUCCCCUUACUUCACGUCAGAUACUCUGCCUUUGAGAGAGAGUAACGACGACCCUAUAGCAAUGAAACGGGAGUUGGAGAGAGAGGGAAAGAUAUAUGGAUAUGGAGCGCCAUCUUACGAUCCACAGCAGAAGCUUUCCUUCUUGAUGGAAUUAAGGUCUCGUAUGCCCGAAGAAGCCCCAGCUCCUCACUCCACUACAACAUUUAGUCAAAGACGUGCUCCAGAGGUACCUAACUACGAGGAAGAUGUUCCUAGCCCUCCACCCAUUUACUCGAACUACGAACAACAAAGUUACGAUUCGACCCCAACUUCGCACGAUUUCGACGAUUACUCAUCCGAGUUACACGAACGAUCACGAUCCGAAGCGAUUCUCGAGACUAACUUCGAUUUUGACAGCCCCGAAAAUUCUGCUAUCACCGAAGCCAGUAGAUCGCAUAGUCAGCCCUUAGAGACUGCUAUGUAA